UGCGGUUCGACUUCUAACCCGAUGACAGCGUUGAAGUCACGAGUCUUGUACCUUUUCGUGGCGAUCACUAGGGGACCCUGCUGGCUGCGAUGUCUCGCAUCACCUCGGUGAGUUGUGCGACUGAGCACAGUCGGGCAGCAGUCGUCGCUGAUCAUGUUGCAGCAGCAGCCUCUGACGGCCAACGGGGCCUCCAACGGCCGCGGACUCGGCUUGAGCGGCCACCCGGGGAUGCCCCCGCUCAACUCGGUUCACCAAUCAUCGCAGCACCGGCCCGAUGGGGGCGACUCGGGCCUCGAGGGCACGGAGAACGGACACGAAAACCGACGGGAUAUUGGAGAUAUACUGCAGCAGAUCAUGACCAUCACUGACCAAAGUUUGGACGAGGCUCAAGCGAAAAAACAUGCUCUCAAUUGUCACCGGAUGAAGCCUGCUUUAUUCAGCGUCCUGUGCGAAAUUAAAGAAAAGACUGGUUUGUCCAUGAGGAACUCCCAGGAGGAGGAGCCUCAGGACCCUCAGCUGGUCCGAUUGGACAACAUGCUGUUGGCAGAGGGCGUGGCGGGGCCAGAGAAAGGUGGGGGAGCCGCAGCCGCCGUGUCCGCUGCCACCAGCUCCGGAGGGAUGUCGCCUGACAGCUCGCUGGAACACUCCGACUACAAAAGCAAGUUGAGCCAGAUUCGCAGUAUCUACCACAGUGAGCUGGAGAAGUAUGAGCAGGCGUGCACCGAGUUCACCACCCAUGUGAUGAACCUGCUGCGAGAGCAGUCUCGCACGCGGCCCGUGACCCCCCGUGAGAUUGAGCGAAUGGUGGCCAUCAUCCACCGCAAGUUCAGCUCCAUCCAGACCCAGCUGAAGCAGAGCACCUGUGAAGCCGUCAUGAUCCUCCGGUCGCGCUUCCUUGAUGCCAGACGCAAGAGGCGCAACUUCAGCAAACAGGCCACAGAAGUCCUCAACGAGUACUUCUACUCGCACCUGUCCAACCCUUACCCCAGUGAAGAAGCCAAAGAGGAACUCGCCAAACAAUGUGGAAUCACGGUGUCUCAGGUCUCCAACUGGUUCGGCAACAAAAGAAUCCGCUACAAGAAAAACAUCGGCAAGUUCCAAGAAGAGGCAAACCUCUACGCAAUGAAGACUGCCUUAGGGACCCGACAGGGCGACGACUCCCCACACACGCCCAACUCCACAGGAUCAGGAUCCUUCUCGCUGUCGGGGUCAGCUGACCUGUUCCUCGGAGUCCCACCUAUGAACGGAGAGUCUGCGUACCAAAUGGGAGUGCAGGCAAACGGCAACUGGCAGGGUCGAAACUCGCCGCACUCCCCCCACUCCGACAACUCGGACAACUCUGACUGAUGCCCCCCCACCUCCCGUGCUGGUGGUGGUCGACAUGGAAACGACAGCAACGGAAAGAAAAAAAAGACAGAAAGAAUGAUAUCACUCUUCCCACUUUGGCUGCAGUUGUUUUUGUACGUUUGGUUUGACGAUUUUAAAUGUUUUCUUCACACUCAGCGUUGGCCAUUAUUUGUACGAUUAGCCGAGUGCACGGAUGCUGGAGUGGAAACGUGUGCGUGUUUGUGUCGUGUGCAUGCCGGUGUGGUUUUAUUAUCAGCGGGUGUCGUGGGGUUCCUUUCACUUUGUUACUGAGGCGUGUCGGGAGGAGCACGGAGAGUCGGGGCGGGCUACAUUUUUAGCACACUAUUCUAUCAUCCUUAUUAUUAAUAUUAUUACUGUUUUUAUGGUUAGUGCUUAGGACUAUUUCACAUUUUAACAGCUCAGUACGAGAGAAUGUGAACGAGAGGGCAAUAGAGAAAAAUCCAAAGAUCUUGUGUGUUUGUUUCUCUGUUUUUGUUUUCUAACGGUGUCUCUGUGAAGUGAAUGAGUUGGUGUGUGAAUGAGUGUAUCAACAGUGCUGUCUUUUUCUGUACAGUGAAACACCUGUAUUCUCUCUACCUCUUUUACAAUAAAGACUCUCUGUAUUCACAACCAA